UUCCGGUGGCGGAGUCUGGAGACGACGCGCAGACAUGGCACCUCGCAAGGGGAAGGAAAAGAAGGAAGAGCAAGUCAUCAGCCUUGGACCUCAGGUGGCUGAAGGAGAGAAUGUCUUUGGUGUCUGCCACAUUUUUGCAUCCUUCAAUGACACUUUCGUCCAUGUCACUGAUCUCUCUGGCAAGGAAACCAUCUGCCGUGUGACUGGUGGGAUGAAGGUGAAAGCUGACCGAGAUGAAUCUUCACCGUAUGCCGCCAUGUUGGCUGCCCAGGAUGUGGCACAGAGGUGCAAGGAGCUGGGCAUCACUGCCCUACACAUCAAACUCCGUGCCACAGGAGGAAAUCGGACCAAGACCCCUGGACCAGGGGCCCAGUCUGCCCUGAGAGCCCUUGCCCGUUCAGGAAUGAAGAUUGGGCGGAUUGAGGAUGUCACCCCCAUCCCCUCUGACAGCACCCGCAGAAAGGGCGGUCGCCGUGGUCGCCGUCUGUGAACAGGACUCCUCAAAUUAUUGUUUUCUGUUAAUAAACUACUUUCAUGUACAC